AUGGAGGGGGAUGAACUUACCAACCACAUCACUGAAAACCGCAAGAUCGUAGCACACGGUACGACCGAGAUUGAUGCCGUCUACACCGACGAGAGCUAUGAAGCAAGCAAGACUGUCGACAUGUACGAGCAGUCGCUGAGCACGGAUGAAUACAAAUUCAUGGGCCUGUACUUCGAGUACUGCGACCCGAAAUACGAAGAUGACUAUCGCAUCGCCGUCGUCCAACUGGCGAUGAAGAAUCAUGUACUAGUCUACCAAUGGUCAAGCGUUGAUAUAAGAAAUGACAAGAAAGCAAUGGAGGAAAGAUGGAACAUUGAGAUACCAGGUGAGUGCCACAUUGAUCUGCAGGACUUGUUCAAGCUUCAACGCGAUAGGACUGGGAUGGCUGACAUGGCAGCCGCACUCAUCGACAAGUCCUACGGAGGAAUGAAGAAAGAAUUUCCAUCUAGCCAACACAAGUUCUGGGAGAAGAAGCCCGUCGGUGAAAUUAAUCUUGAGUAUGCUGCUAGAGAUGGGUUUGUGGCGUACGAACUGUACCGUAUAAUCAUUGUCUGCAACUAUGGACAUCGCCACCUGCUACCUCCGCAAGAAACACCAACAGCAGUGCAACCCAGUUUCAACUAG